UGCAAGUACAUGAUGAGCAGUUACCACAGGAGGCCAUUGAAGCUGAGGAGAGCUCCCUCCCUGGGCUGGGCACUCUCUUCCUCCUCUCUCAUCUCCCCUUCUAUCAAGAUCGCCAAGGAAUUGUAAAUAUCUUUUGUCAAAGAGAUUUCCUGUUUUAGAAUCGGAUCUUGUGGGGCUGAGUUCUUAAUUAACUUAUGCAUGCCUUCCAAUUCGAUGGCUACAAUACAAAAGCUCUAUGAGGUCUGCAAAGUGUCAUUAUCUGGAAAUGGGCCAUUAUCUCCUGAAGCUGUUGACAGUGUUUGUUCAGUAUUAGACAUGGUCAUGCCUUGUGAUGUUGGACUUGAGACUGAAGCUCAAUCUGUACGUUCUUGGAGAAGUCCAAGAGCUCUGAAUAGGAAAUCAGCUUUUCAUUCAAGCUCUGCAAUCAGAUAUCGUCACAUACAUGAAUGCAAAAGCUUCUCGAUUGGAAUAUUUUGCAUUCCAGCAUCAUCCAUCAUUCCACUCCACAACCAUCCAGGCAUGACUGUAUUCAGUAAACUUCUAUAUGGUAGCAUGCAUGUUAAAUCGUAUGAUUGGGUUGAUACACCUCAACCGCUUAAUUUAUCAAAAGCCAGACCUGCCAAGAUUGCAAGGGAUGGUGAGAUGUCUGCCCCAUGCGGCGCAAUGGUGACCCAUCCAACAGAUGGAGGGAACAUCCAUGCUAUCAAAGCCAUCACCCCCUGUGCUAUUCUGGACAUCUUGUCACCUCCUUAUUCUUCAGAAGAUGGAAGGCAUUGCUCCUACUUCCGCAGAUGCCGAAAAGCAGACCCAUCGGGCAUUUUAUUGGACCGAUCGAAGGGAUCUGAAUUGGUCUGGCUGGAAGAACACCAGCCCCCUAACAGCUUUGUUAUUAGAAGGGACCUGUACACAGGACCUGCAUUAAGUUUAUGAGACAACCAUCAUCUCACAAGAUCAUGCUCGACAUGAUAAUUAUACUUGCUCUAGAGUUCUAAUUUAUCAAGAAGCAUGUAGAGAUGCACAGUUUCCUUGUAUUUUAUUGUUCUUGGUUUUUUUUGUUAUUUAUAUAUUUAUAGAAAUAGCUACUAUGUGUGAUCUGGCAUAUUUAUUGUAAGAUUAUAAUGUUAUGGUUCACUCCAUGAUGUAACUUCAAAACAUAAUAUUUAUAUAACUUCAAUGUGGAACAGUGGAAGGUAUUAUUGAGCCUUCCUUUUAUUGAGCAGACAUGCUAGCUGAAAAAU